AUGAAUCAUUUGAGGGAAUUUGUGAUCGUGCUGAUCGCAGUGGGGGCGGUGGCUGCCAAUUAUUCGCCAAUGUAUUUACGCGGUGCUCCCGUAAUGCAACCAAGGAUGGUGGCAGCAAGAAAUACAUCUGGUCCCCCACAGUGCCCAAGUGGAAAAUUUGGCGCUAUGUGUCAUGAUUGCAAUACCAUGCUGUUUUGUACUGGUUCGACGACUCCAGUUACCACGAUCACUUGCAGGGACAAUCCCAGCGUUCCAUAUUGCGUUAACAACCAGUGUACUGCGGUGAAAAAUGAAACCGAUCCUACUUGUGAGGCAGGUGGUUCCUGUGCAAUGAAUGGUUAUCAACCAGAUCCCAAGGAUUGUUCGAGGUACAUAUAUUGCAACAAUGGCGAAUCAACCGUCUACGAAUGUCCAUCCUCGUAUGUGUACGAUCACUUCACAAAUCUGUGCAAGAAACAAAGUUCGCCAGCCGAUUGCGCAGUAAUGAAUUGCACGACACCAAAUUCUUUCGUGACCUAUUCUCCAGAUAAAUCUAUUUUCGCCUGGUGUAAUGAUAGAUUAGAACCUACAGUCAUGCAAUGUGAAGACGCAGUCAACGAAUGGUUUGAUGUUGGAACUUCUUCCUGCAGAAUCGUGUGCAAAAAAGAAGGAGUAUUUGCUGAUCGCAGAGAUUGUACAAAGUAUCAUCAAUGCUUCGUCGUGAACGGUGGAUGGCAAAUUAAAAAUUAUCAAUGUCCCAAGGGAUUAUACUUUGAACCUAAAGACUUACGGUGCGUUUCUGGAACAUGCACACCCGAAAUUACUGAAGCACCACCAGCCACGGAUAAUCCUGCAUCUACUACUGCUGGCUCCUCCGGAUCCUCUGAUGGCUCCUCCGGAUCCUCUGAUGGCUCCUCCGGAUCAUCUGAUGGCUCCUCCGGAUCCUCUGAUGGCUCCUCCGGAUCCUCUGAUGGCUCCUCCGGAUCCUCUGGUGGCUCCUCCGGAUCCUCUGGUGGCUCCGGAUCUUCUGGUGACACCUCCGGAUCUUCUGGUGACACCUCCGGAUCUUCUGGUGGCUCCUCCGGAUCUUCUGGGGGUUCUUCAGGCUCUUCUGGUGGUAGCUUUUCGGUAGCUGCUGCAAGUUGGGAUUUGCCUGAAUAUGUCGAAGGGAUACCAAUGACAAGAUCCAGAUUUGCUCGUGCAGUUACAACAACGGAUGCGCCUGAAACCACAACAGCUGCUGAUGCCACCACAAAAGCAGCUGAUGCUACCACAAAGGCUCCUGAUGCUACCACAAAGGCGCCUGAUGCUACCACAAAAGCUCCUGAUGCAACAACAGCAGCAGGUGAUGCGACAACAAAAGCUCCUGAUGCCACAACAAAAGCACCUGACGCAACUACCGCCGCAGGAGGAGAAACAACCGCAGCAGGAGGAGCUACAACUGCAGCUCCAGAUGCUACGACCGCAGCGCCAUCGGGAGAAAAGUCUUGUAAAGCUGGAACAGCUGGAGGAUUGUGCAAAGACUGCUCCACGCUUUUGGUAAGAUUUUAA